AUGAUGGACGGUCUUCGCCGAAGAAUUAAAUUGAACCAUAGCCUGAAACUUGGAAGGCAUCUUGAUUUGCAUUCGAAAACCGUCGAUUCACCAGCAUUACAGAGCUUAUCGACGCAGAUCCGACGACGAGUGUACAUUAAGUCGGGAGCUAAACAAAAGACUUUAUGUACGGAACAAAAGACGGCAUCAGUGGACGAUGGCGGCAGUCUGCUUGAGGAACCCUCCACGGCAAAACCGACCCCGGAGCAAGACGACCUUCUGCUCAACACCGACCUCCCCAUCUUCCUCGCUGAACCUCAAAACGCGUUCGUGGUCAAAAACCGCCCAGCCACGUUGCAUUGUAGGGCCGCGCAUGCGCUCAACCUCUACUUCAAGUGCAAUGGGGCCAAAAAAGUGGACACCACCGAGAACUUUUUCGUGGACCCCCAGAACGGGGUCAGACUCUUCGAGGCGGAAGCUAAUGUCACCAGGGACAUGGUGGACGAGUUCUUCGGCAAGGAAAAGUUCAAGUGCGAGUGCUUUGCUUGGAGCGGCAGAGGGAGCAUCAAGAGUCAGCCGGCCACCGUUGAAGUUGCAUUUAUAGAAGAUUUAUCGAAACCAAUCAACGUAUUCUCUUACAAGCAAUAA